AUGGCUAGUCCUCCUGCCAGGGCCCACCUCCGCCGCUGCCCGAGCAUUCUACAGUGGAAUGUAAACUCGCUGCGGGGGCGGAGAGACGAUUUCUCCCUGCAUCUCCAGCGGGAGGGCUUCGACGUGCUGGCUUUGCAGGAGGUCUACGACCAGGCUGAGGAGAUAAAAAAAGAUGGAGGAAGGCGGGCACGUACGUCGUCGAGCCGCGCCGUGGCAGGUGUCGCUGCCGCCCACUACAAUGUAUGCUCCGUCGGACCACCUCCGUUCGGCGCGCGCGCCAAGACGCGCGGCUGCUGCGGCCGCAACUCCGGCAGCCGGCGGCAGCUGACAUCUCGGCGGGAGGUUCACAUCGACCGCGGUAGGCACGUGACCCCCGGCGUCUGCACCGGUGUGCAUGUGUGCCGGCAGCCGGGCCCACACGACGACGGGCUGCAGUUUCGGCCCGGAGUCCGAACGCGCCGGUUGGGCUCCUGGUGCGCAGCUUGGCCUGGCCGACCGGCACGCAUGCUCGCUCCCCUAGCCUGCGGACUCCCUUGCACGUGGCACGAGGACAGAGCAAGGAUCCAGUUCUCCCGCCUUUACAAGCCGCCGUCCGCACAAAGAGGAACGGCAACGCAGAAACGUGGACGAUAAGAGGACCACCGAAGAGGACUUAUCGCCGAAGGAGGCGCAAGGCCUUCGACAGUUUCCACAUCGUCUUCACGUUCCCGAGGACGUCUCCUUUGGACUUCUAAGCCUGCGACCACGGUCACCCUUGCGGGGACAACGCACGCCCUGGGGCUGACUCGAGCUGCCCGUGCAAAACUGGAACCUUUGCGUUGUUUUGUUCGUUCGGCUCGAGUUAGGAACCGGCGUGGAAGCGCCGUUGGAUAUAAACCGACACGCCCUGUCAGCGUCCCUCUCGCCCUGCUUGCCCUCUCCCGUCUCGCUUGAGGUGCUUCCCGAAGCGUUCAAUAAAGUUUCCUGUAAUUUUUUUG